CGGGCGGGUGGGCGUGUCCCGGGCGGGUGGGCGUGGCCUGGGCGGGAGCGGGGCGCACCGGAGCCAGCGGAGCGCAGCGGAGCGGCCACCGCCGCCGCCACCCCCGAGCCCCCCCCCCACCCCCGCCGCCGCCGCCGCCCUGCUCCCCCCCCACCGGCACCAUUCCCACCCCCGGGCGACAACGCGCCCCGGCCGGGCGGCGGCUCAGCCUGGGCCGGAAAACUUUACUGGCGGCCGCGGCGGGGGUGGUGAUGGUGCUGGUGCUGGUGGUGCUCAUCCCGGUGCUGGUGAGCUCCGCCGGUACCGACGGCCGGUACGAGAUGCUGGGGACCUGCCGUAUGGUCUGCGAGCCCUACGGCCCCGCCGCCGCGCCCCCCCCCGCAACCGGCCGAACGCGGCCCCCCCCGCCGCCCUCCACCCUGGUGCAAGGUCCCCAAGGCAAACCGGGGCGACCGGGGAAACCGGGACCCCCGGGACCGCCGGGAGAACCGGGACCCCCGGGACCGGCGGGGGCGCGGGGCGAAGCGGGACGACCGGGACCCCCGGGAUUACCGGGACCGGGGGCUACGGGUGCGGUGAGCGCGGCUACCUAUAGCACGGUGCCGCGCGUCGCCUUCUACGCCGGCCUCAAGAACCCCCACGAGGGCUACGAGGUCCUCAAGUUCGACGACGUGGUCACCAACCUGGGCAACAGCUACGACGCCGCCUCCGGCAAGUUCACCUGCGCCAUCCCCGGCACCUACUUCUUCACCUACCACGUCCUCAUGCGCGGCGGCGAUGGCACCAGCAUGUGGGCCGACCUCUGCAAGAACGGUCAGGUGCGGGCCAGCGCCAUCGCGCAGGACGCCGACCAGAACUACGACUACGCCAGCAACAGCGUCAUCCUGCACCUGGACGCGGGGGACGAGGUCUUCAUCAAGCUGGACGGGGGCAAAGCCCACGGCGGCAACAACAACAAGUACAGCACCUUCUCCGGCUUCAUCAUCUACUCGGACUGAGCCUGGACCCACGGCAUCGCCCCACGGCCCUUCAGCCCCAUGGCAUCCCCCUACUGCUGUCCAGCCCCACGGCAUCCCCCCACCGUGUCCUCCAAUAACCACCCAGCCCCACGGCAUCCCUCUGCUGUGGUUCAGCUCCCUGCUGCCAUCCAGCCCCACAGCAUCCCCCCAAUGACCGUCCAGCCCCACAGCACCCCCCUGCUGCCGUCCAGCCCCACGGCAUCCCCCCACUGCUGUCCAGCCCUAUAGCCUCCCCUUGCUACUCUCCAGCCCCGCGGCAUCCCUCUGCCGCGGUCCAGCCCCACGGCAUCCCCCCCACGGCGGUCCAGGCAAUCUACGGUGCCCCAACACCCCCCUUUCCCAUUAGCUCACCCCAUGGCUGCUAAUUCAGGGCUGGGGAGCCGCAGGGGGCUGGGGGUCAGCAAGAGGCUGGGGGACCCCCCCCCCACGCUGCCCCACUGCACCCCCAUCCCCUGGCCGCGCACCCCGCUUGGCCCCAUGGCACCCCGCUCCCCGCUGCCUCCCCACACCCGGGGCGAUGCCGGGGGCCGGCGGGUCCCCGCCAGCGUGUAUAUAUGUACAGGACGCGCAGAUGUCUAUACGGGUGGCCCCCCCCUCCCCACAUCUCCGGCCAGCCCCGUGCUGGGGGGCUGCGCUGGGGCCGGGGGGUGGGGGGGAGACGCCUUGCUGCCCGACCCCGGGGCGACUCCAUGGUAAAGCAGAGCUGUGACCUC